UUAAAUAAACACAGACAGGCGAUCAUUUCCACUGCCAAACAAACGUGUACAUAAUUUGCGUGCAAAUAAACAUUCAACGGAAUUUUUAAUUCGUUCAACACUAUUUUUUAAUUUACCAAACAAAGGCAUGGAUAGUUUUAGUUUGUUGUUUAGUUUCCUUUUAUAUGCUGGAUCGGUGAAGACGAGUGAGAAUGAGAACGCAACAAAUCUCCAGUGUUACGCCUGCUUUGCAACAGGCGGGGAUAAUGAAUGUGAGCAAUUCAAAACCUACAAGAAGGCUAUGGAUGGCAUCAAAAGCUAUUCUCACUAUCUAAAGAACUGUACACCUCCAUACAAUCAAUCUUGUAUAAUAGAGACAUUUUCCGCCAAUGGACUGACCGUAUCUCACAUCCGGGAUUGCAGCAACGGCGAGUUCUUCUCGUUUAAUUCGGCAGAAGAAAAAAAGAAGCCUGCGUAUACAAGAUUGUACGACUUGACCAACAACAAUGAGACGGCUUGUGUAUGGGACGGAGAAAAACAAGUCUGUCUCUCUAAAUGUGACAGUGAUUUUUGUAACGGCCCUGUAUUUGACAGCGCUCCGGAUGGACAAAGCGUUUCUUUGACUGUGAUGUCUAUUGUUGGACUCCAUCUACUCCUGUUGAUUUUAUGUUGGAAUGAUGGUGCAAAAUUUGAAUAAAUAUUUGUAUUUAAUUGCAAUAAUAUUAUGAAUAUUGUUAAACGCCUAUCUCUUGUCUAUAAAGAUAUCAUUGUUAUAUAAUGACCAAAGGAAGUGGACAUUUGAAAUUGAUUAAAACAUUGAACAAGGAAGAUUUAAAUCCCAACAAAAAUAUUAUUGAACACUCAUUUAAACGAUGAUAACGGCAAUUGAUUUUGUUAUCUUAAUCCUGACUUUUAUUAAAGGCUGUGUAUCAGCUUUGUUUAAACGUUUUUCAAUU